AUGUCGUAUGAUAAUGUUCAAGAUAUUAACCAUUUGUUAUUAAACAAAAAUGAAAAUGUUAAGGUUAAACCACCGACAUUUGAAGGAAUAUUAAUUAAAAAGGAAUCAGAAACAGAAGACAGUAUUUCAAAGGAACAUCAAUAUGAUAAUGUUCAAGAUAAAAACCAUUUGUUAUUGAUUAAAAAUGGAAAUGUUAAGGGUGAACCACUGACAUUUCAAGAAAUUGCAAUUAAAGAGGAACCAGCAACAGGAGAGAAGGUUUCACAGGAUCAUCAGUAUGAUAACGUUCCAAAUAUUAGCCAUUUGUUAUUGAUCAAAAAUGAAAAUGUUAAGGUUGAACCAUUGACAUUAACAGAAUUAAUAAUUAAAGAGGAAACGGAAGAGAGUCGUUUGACUACUCAUAAGCGAAGUCAUACUGGAGAAAAACCAUUUUGCUGUGACGUUUGUGGAAAAACAUUUACACAACAAGGUAAUUUAUAUAAACAUGGACGAAUUCAUAGUGGUGAAAAACCUUUUGCUUGUGAUAUUUGCGAUAAAACAUUUACUCAACAAAUUAUACAUAAUCGAAUACAUAGUCAAGAAAAACCUUUUUCAUGUGAUAAUUGUAAGAAAACAUUUACUCAACGAGGUAAUCUAAUUUUACACCAACGAAUUCAUGGCGGAGAUAAAUUGUUGUCAUGUGAUGUCUGUGACAAAACAUUUACUCAACAGGAAUUAUGA